UGGUGGUUCUGCAGGAGGAAACGCUCAGAAACUCUCAGAUGGAGACGCUGGCAGAGAUUCACUUCCUGCUUUCACUGCUUCUCUGUCGUUUCUGCAGGUCUGACGUUUGUGCUAUGCUGUCCAACAAACCAAAUUGGUCUGACUGUGAGUCCCAGCAGAUCUCAGUUCUUCAGAGGAGAAUCAGUGACUCUGAAGUGUGAGGACCACAGCUCUGCAGGAUGGACUCUGAGGAGAAACACCUCAACUGGAGAAAACACCAACUGUUCUGAAUGGGGAGAGUUACACAUUUCUUCUUGUGAGAUCAGCUAUCUUUCUACAUCAGACAGUGGUGUGUACUGGUGUGAGUCCAGAGGGGGAGGAGCCUCCAGCAUCAGCGUGAACAUCAGUGUCUCUGGUGGAUCAGUGAUCCUGCAGAGUCCUGUCCUCCCUGUGAUGGAGGGUCAUGACCUCACUCUGAGCUGUCAAUCACAGACCCCUCCCUCCAAGCCCUCAGCUGCUUUCUAUAAAGAUGGCUCCCUCAUCAGGACUGAGCCUACAGGUCACAUGACCCUCCAGCAUGUUUCCAGGUCUGAUGAAGGUCUCUACAAGUGUCACAUCAGCGCUCAUGGAGAGUCUCCAUCCAGCUGGAUCUCUGUCUCAGAGAAACCCACAACCACCUCUGCUCUCUUAACCUCCUCUGCUCCUUCAUCAUCUACUGCUCCCUCCUCCUCCUCUCCUCCUCUUCACAUGUGGUUACCUGCUGGUUGCAUUGGUGUUUUGGUUCUUCUGGUGUUCCUGGUUCUGCUGAUCGUCUGCGUUAGCAGGAAGUCUGACACUGAAAGAAGAACCAGAGAAGAUGACGUCACAUACAGUCACCUCACCAUCUUACAGCAGCAGCCAAUCAGAGGCAGCCGAGUUUUAGAGUCUUCAUCAGAUUCAGAGAUCGUCUACUCUACAGUGAGGAAGACCACGGCUCCGCCCGUCUGAUCCCUCAGACCGUCACUGAUGAGAGACUCGCUGGAGAUCAGAUUUCAAACAACCUGUGGCUGUUUGUACUGCAGGAACCUCGGAGCUUUGUGGGCGUCUGAAGUCUUCUGAGGACGCUCAGAGGUUCUCCGUGACCUCGUUGCAUUCAGAUGAGCAGACGCCACCCUGCAGACGCCACCCUGCAGACGCCACCCUGCAGACGCCAACCUGCAGACGCCAACCUGCAGACGCCAACCUGCAGACGCCACCCUGCAGAUGUCAACCUGCAGACGCCAACCUGCAGACGCCAACCUGCAGACGCCACCCUGCAGACGUCAACCUGCAGACGCCAACCUGCAGACGUCAACCUGCAGAUGUAAACUGCAUCAGUCAUAGGAAGUCCGUGUCUGAAGGAACCACGGAGCUCAGGUUCAGAGAAACUUUCAGGAGAAAAACAUCCAAACUCUUCUUCAACCUUCUUCAUCUGGACCUGAUCAACCUUUGUUUUUUUUCCUCAAACCGUCAUGAAAUAAAUCCAAACUCAGGUCAAAGUGUGAGACUGAAAACGCACGACGCCACACUUGAGGCAGCAGAGCACGCCAACACCACUUCCUCCAGCCUGCCAUGCUCGUCUCCAUGGCAACAACCUGGUCAACCAGACCCAUAAUGAACCAGUUGCUGGAAUCAAUCAAUCAAUCAACCAAUCAAUCAAUGUGUUAUUGGUGGAGCUCUUGUAAAAGCAGAGGUAACCAAAGUGCUGAACAUAAAAUCAGAUGUAAAUAAAUCCCCAAAAAAUAUGAUAUAAUAAAGAAACAAUGAAACAAUGGACCGGUUCAGGAUGGUUCUGCUGGUCCAGCUUGUCCCUGUUCAGCCCCUAUUGAUGCUGUGGAUGUUCCCUCGUCCAGUAGGGGGCAGUGUGGUGCUUUUCCACUGCUACACCAGCAGAUGAAGGGAGGAAGUCUCUCCUGGACGGGCAGACAUGUGACACCCAUAGACCUAAAGUUUCCUCAUUGGGGUCCAAAUGUAGAAAAACUAAAAGUCAAGGCUGCACAACGACACAAGAACAUUGUGUGUGUUUGUAACUCGCUUGUAGUGAGAAGAACUCAGUGGGAGCAGAGACUCUGGUGUCAGUGGGAGCAGUGACUGGUUUUGGACUGGAGGAUGGUGAGCAUGUCAGCAGAAAGGUUGGUGGUUGAGACACGUAGACCUUCACAGAUGCUGUCAAUCAUUCUGGUUCUUAUUCUGGUUCUUUCUGCGGCGUCUCAUCAGAGGACACUGGUGUCUGAAAUCUUCUGCUCUCACUCGUUUGUGUUUCCUUUGUGCAGCCAUUUCUGCUGACUCAUUGUGUUUGCAGGUUUACAGUCAUGCUCCAAGAUUCUUCUUUGCUUCGUUUUAGCGCCACCUGCAGGUAAAACAGAAUAAAGUGGGACUCCAGCUGGAUGUGUAAAAUUUGCUUCAGCAGGUCAAUAAAACCUGUGCUGCCCCCGUAGUUCAGACCCCCCCGGCCUAAACAGCUUCUUGUUUUCUGCUGUGGUUUGUCUAACAGAACCAAGCUGUGUGCAGUUUGUUUAAAGUUGUGGUUUUGUGCAGCGAUUGUGUUUUGUCGUUGACCUCAUUCUGCUUCCGUCUGUGAUUUAGCAAUCUCAGCAAAUCUGGAGUACUCCACAUUUAUUACAUAUACUAGAGUAUAAGUACAGCAGGUAUAAUUCAGA